GUCAAGCAAAUUAUAGCAAGGAAGUCGUCUGGGAGCAGUACAUUCCAAGGAUUUCAUUAUUCUCUUAUGUUUUUUAGUGAUGCGUGUUUUAUUCGCUGAUAAGGUGAUUCACAUUUGAGGGGUGAAAAUACCCAGUAAGGCGACCUAAACGUCCCCAGUCUGGUGUCAUUGCUCACUUCUUUUUCGGACAGAGAUGACAGAGAUUAUUUGAGGAUAACGCCGCGCGCAACAUGGCUGCCCAAGCCAGAUCAAAGCCCAGACAAUCAAAGCCAGAGCGAAAGCUACAGCAAGCCCUGGACAGUGAAAGGACUGACAUAAAUCCUUCAAAGCGAAUGCAAACAGCCCCGUUGGUGACCCGUGAUAAUAUUAAAACCUGCAAUAUGGCGCUGCAUGGCUUGACCGCCCGCGCGUGCCUGUGUGUUUGUAUGAGCAAUGCAGAGGCUGAUAAGACACGACACUGGUCAUAAUGGUUUAGAAAGCCAUGUUGAGGCUAAGCAACAUGGUUGUGACAAAGAAGGACCUCGUAUGGCGAGAGAGUCCCAAACAAAGCCUGGAUUCCCACACAAGGAAACAGCUGCUGCAUUUACGCCACACAAGUAUGGAAAUGGACAUCAGACAGCUGGGCUUCCUGUGUCCCCCACCAUGGCAAUUAAGGCCAAGAAGGAUCAGAGAGGCGUUGGAUGAAAGGCUCAUAAGCCCUUCUGAAUACAGACGUAUGCCAGGCACCAGCUCGCUUACACACUUCGUUCUUUGUUCCUCGCCAAUUUUGCUGAUGGGCUGCAGGGACCUCGAGCAGCCACGACAGGAAGAUAUUCCAGGGCCUCGUUGUGUUGAAGAAACAUAUGCGGCGACCCGUUGCCAACCAUUACGCCCCAUAUCAUCAAGGAGAGAGGGAAUUUUGAUAUCUUCUUCAGGCAGUCAUCUUUGUAAAUCUCACUGGAACAGGACCAAACAAAAGUUUCAGCAUCAUCACCUUGUCAAGAGUCAAGAAUCUGCAUUGGACAAGACUGUCCCCUUCCGUGGUGUCUCUGUGGGAGGUUGCGAAGCCGGCUUUGGUGCCUAUUGUGGUUUAUAUGAAAGAGUCCUGUGGAAAGCUCAGCUCUUCAUGAUAGAAUUCACACAUGUGGCGCAGAAAGCGAACGCAAGUGUGUGGGCUCGCAUGCACUGUAGUGACACCUCGUCUAAUCCUUUUCCAACCCUGUGGCCACCCACAUACGUGACCCACAUAGCUCGGAAUCAGAUGCAACAUCAGUCUGUCAUGAGACUGAGCUCGUCUGGUCUUCAGAUGAGGAAUGAGUUCUGCACUGCUGAGCCACACUGACAGUGAUGGACAGGUCCAGAGAGGAGAGCUGAUGGCCAAAGUUCCUCUCCUGUCUUGUCUGGACAACAUCGGAGAAGAUGGAUGUGGCGCUUGUGAGACUUCCAGGUCUGACAUUCGUGCCUGCUUCAUAUGUAGGUCCUGAAUGCGGAAAGUGAUGCUGAAAUCUGAACCCUGUUUUAUUUAUCCAAUGUUUGUCCAUCUCUGGAUGGAAUGACAGAUUCAAUGUAGCAAGUGGUGGAGAACACACAGCAGGGACGUAGUGCUCAAAUAGAAUGUGUGUGCGUGUGUGUAUGUAUAUAUACAGUAGAUUUGUAUUUUUUUAAACAUAGCAGUGUGAGUUAUACUUUUGUUAGUGUGGGCAACAAUAUACUGUGAUUAGCAUCAGAGUCAGCUACUUCAAUAUCCAACUUGGUUGUUUUAAGAAUGUUGAAAAUCUGCCCAUGACUGUAUAAUAAACUGCAUUUAUCUUUUUACCAUCUUUUUACCCAACCACAUGUCACCACAGGAUCAAAAGAGUAAGCAGUCUCGUCUCCCCCGGUUGUGUCUUUUCAAGGGUAUCUGUUGUUUAAUGCGCCGUUGAAAAAGCUACAGCUGGAAAAGUGAGCAGCAGCAUUUUUUAACAAGCUCACAAAGCCCCUAAAGCCUAAAUCCAGAGCUGACCAGCUCACGCACAUGAAGGAAACAGUCCCUCUGCCCACCAUUACCAAACGCUGCAUGUCAAUCCGCAAUUUUAAUUGAAUUCCUCUCUCUCUCUUUUUUUUCUCUUAAAGGCCAAGCUCAUCAGGCAUUGAUUUGGAGGCAGCAAACGUCUGACCAUAGUUGAAUUCUAAUCAGAAUAAUUCAAAUUUGAAGCCGGCUUGCCUGAGAUACGGCAGCGAGACCUUCGGGGCACCCGUGGAAAAUCGGCAUGGACGAAGCUUUUCUGUGUUCGCUCAUUUCCGCAGGGUUGAAAAGGGAUUUGUCCUAGAAAUAGUGCGCCUUUCCCGGAGGGGUGACAAAUCAUGACAGAGAAGCCAUCGUCAACAUAAAUAGGAUAUACACCCCGCUUGAAUCUUCACACUGCACGAUGCUGUAAUGUGUAUAUCAUGAGAAUUAAAUCGUACUUGUCCUUGGACGUGAUUGAGCAUGUCAUCUGUAUCUCUGUCACACAUGCCUUAGGAGAA